CAUGGAGAUGCUUUGUACACAAAACGGAUUAAGUCUUUAGAAGUGUGAUUUAUAGUUAAAAUGGAUGACACAGGACACUGAUCAUAUAAAGUUCAUAUGUCAACGUGUAGAUCCAUGUUGCAACUUUGAAAACCCUGACGCAAACUGCAUUCACCGACCAACUCUCCAAAUAUGGCUGCUGACGUUGAUGUUGAAAGGCGGGAGCAAACUACAAAAAUUGGCUAUAAAAAAUUCAAGGAUCUAGGGAAUACUAGCAGGGAUACAUGGAUAAGAACGCUAUUGGUUGAGAAAGAAGAGCGGGCGAAAUCAUCCAAAAAAUCACGGGAAGAAUCGUUUAUGAAGGACCCUACACAAUUAGAUCGUUUAAAAAACAGCCCAUAUGCAAACAGUGUAACGUUACCCCAUAUAGAAAAACGAAAUGAGGCAUAUGCUAGAUUAGCUAAUUAUAACAUGAACUAUGAGAGACCUAUCCCUCCUAAAAAACCCAAAGACCCUAAUGAUCCCAAUCAAAAGCCAGAGAGGGUAAAAUCAGCUGUGCAUUUUCCAAGGUUAAAACCAAAACCCAAAAGUCACACAAGUCAUUCAACACCAAAGUAUGCAAGGGGGAGAAGUAUGAAGGCAAAAUCUUCAAAAUAUCAUAGGAAGGAUCCUUCAUCGGGAAUUGUGCCACGUCUGCUGGUUGUUCAGGUCGAGAAGAAAGCACACAUUACAGCUGAACGUGCAAUCAAGAACCAUAAAAUCUUUCAAAUAGAUGCCCCUUACCCAGUUGACCGUUAUGUGAGGGCCAGUCUGAGACGGCGUGGAUGGGUAGAGAAGUUUCACAAGGCAGAGGUGGGGGGCUUCAAGUUUAUCUCAGGAUAUGAUUCGGAUGAUGAACAAAAAGUUGUGUAUGGUGCUGAAGAAUACGAGGUAUCUAUAGACCAAAAUGGGAUCAUGCCAUGGGAAGAAGAGAAUGGUUUAUAUGCAAUAACGUCGAGGUUGGUUCGACACAAGAUUUCUGACUUCAUCUGGUCGGGUGCAGCCUACAUCAACAAUCAUUAUAACACAUUCAGUGAGGACCAGAUUGUCAACCAUUUUGUCAAAGGGCGUUCAUUUUCAACAAAGUCAAGCCUUGUUUCGGUACUAGAUGAUCUGAUAUGGUAUGCUCCCACUAAUGCGGACACAUUCUUCCCUCGUUGUUUCCUCCUAAAUGAUGAAGGAAAAGAUGCAUUUAUAGAUAACUUUCGCCUAACCACCUGUAGUGCAAUACUUAGACACAUAGUAGAGAAGUAUUAUAACAAGAAGGGGGACUCCACAGGUUCACAGCCCUCAUUGAAACGUGAACGAACAGAAAUAGUAUGCAGAGAGGAAAAGGAUGAUUCAAAUGAACCAAUCACAAGCUGCUUUGAUGCAACACCAAGAGUUCAGAGCCAAAAUAGUUCUGUUAAUAUCAUUAAUCAUACAGAACAGAGUGAUAAUGAUGAGCCAAAUGAAAACAUUGAAUCUCAAAAGGAAGAUAAAGAUGAGUUGAAAGAUGUGGGUAAAGACAACAAUAACAAAGAUGCUCAAAAUUUAAAGCAAUCAGACAAUGACACUGAUGAAUCAGAACAUUCAAAAAAAGAAUCUCAUACUACAGAACAAUCUGAAUCAAAGGAGAACAAGGCCAAUGACUCCGAUAAUUGUAAUGAGAAGCCUGAUACAGAUGGUGAUAAGAACAAAGGUGAUACUACUGAAGACUGUGAUACUGAACCAGUUGUGAUAAAUGCAGAUACAGGGACAACAAAUGAUAAACAAAAUGAUUCCAGUGAUACCAAAAAUAAUGAUUCAAAACCCGCUCAAAAUGAAAGUGAUGAGAACAAAGAAAACAAAGACAAUAAUAAUGAUGAGAAAAUCAAUGAGAAAAAUGCUAUCAAUGCUGAAAGCAAAAAGUCAGAGAGGACUGAAAAUGGAGGUGGGGAUGCAGAUGUUAAUGCCAAAGAAAAUUACAUUAUUCGGAAGAAGCCAGUGAAAGAAGAUAUUGACAAAACAAACAACAGCCCAAGCAAGGGAAACAAACCAAGCAAUCCCAAGUUAAAUGUCUACCUACAAAACUCUAAGAAUGGGAAAUCUCCAAAAUCCAAUUCCAAACAACCCCAUCCCCCAAAGACCCCUGUGGGAGAGAGGAGGAGAGAGAACAGUGUGACACUAAUGACGCCUUAUGGGAAAGUGAAAGAUGACAGUAAGAAGAAAUCUCCAGAGGUUCCGGUGAAAGCUGUUGAGUUAGCCUUGCAGUAUGUACAACAGUUCCUCCAAUCUUUACAACAUGAAGAUAUAGAUGAUCAAACAAAAUCCUUCACUGACAAAGAGUGGGAGUCCUUGCUCAAAUGGCACCAGAAUCUGAACCAUGAAAAUGGGAAGGUUGCCAUCACAGAAUCUUUACUGGAAGACAGCGAGAAGGCUUUGAAACAAUUACAGAAGAAGUCUCCUCAAUAUGCCAUAGAUGGUUGUAAGAAUCUCUGGAUCGUCAAACCAGCUGAUAAAUCUAAGGGAAUAGGUAUUGAGGUGCAUGAUAAACUGGAUGAUAUCACAAAGUUCAUCUCCAACUCCACAUUGCAAGGGAACUAUGUUGCUCAAAAAUAUAUAGAACGUCCAUUCUUGGUGUAUAACACAAAGUUUGAUAUCCGCCAGUGGUUCUUGGUGACUGACUGGAAUCCCCUGACUGUCUGGUUUUAUAGGGACAGCUACUUGAGGAUCUGUUCACAGGAAUUCAGCUUAGAGAACAUGCAUGAGGCAAUCCAUCUAUCGAAUGUUGCUAUCCAGCAGUUUUAUGAGAAUGGUCCUCGCCAUGCUGACUUGCCAGAGGACAACUUCUGGUCCCACAAAGACUUCUCAACAUAUCUCAAGGCUACAGGUCAUGAAGGUAAAUGGGAGAAGACUGUGUACCCUGGCAUGAAGAAUGCAAUAUUAUGCUGCCUCCUCUCCACACAGGACAUACCUGAACACAGGAAGAAUGCUUUUGAGUUGUAUGGUGCAGACUUUAUGCUAUCAGAGGACUGUUCUCCUUGGCUGAUAGAGAUCAAUGCAAGCCCAGGCAUGUCAGCAGGCUCAAUGAACAAGAACAAACUAUGUGCUCAAGUUAUUGAAGAUGCCAUUAAAGUGGUGCUUGAUCAAACAGAUGAUGACACAGAUGAUACUGGUGGAUUUGAGCUAAUAUAUCGCAACCAGUUUGUGCCCAAUCCCCGCUGUACAGAUGUAACACUCUCAGUGGAGGGCAAGAGAAUAAAGAAAAAUAAAAGUUGUGUCCCAACUGACUGGUUGAACAAUGAAGAACUGGCUGCCUGUAAAGAAAACCUAAAGAAAGGAAAGAAUGAGAAACCAGUGGAAAAACCCGAAUGGAAGUCAUGAUAUGUCGGUUAUUCGAACAAAAGAUCUUUAUUUUAUAGCUUUUUUAAAUGAAAUCGUUGUUUAACAUAAAAUGUGUAGACCUAACUGAAUUGUAUUAUCUAUUUUCAACCAGAGAUGCAUUUUGAUAUGAAACAAUGGUUAAUAUAGAGAAAAAAUUAUUUGUAAAUUCUUUGAGAUGGAUUUGAAAUCAGCCUUUUUGUGAUUAAGAUUCAAAGAAACAGCCUUUUUAUUUAUGUAUUUCCAUAUGCACUAUGGCGCUGUACUAUGUUUUCACAAAACAUAAGUGUCGCUCGUUGUAUUAUGCCUAUCCUAUGUUGUCACUUGUAUUGUAAAUCUAUUCAGUGUACUGUCAAAUUGAAAUUGCAUUAGAAGGGUAGUUUCCAACAAGAUUAUCCAGUGAAUUUCACU